CUAGUCACUGGUUUUAUUCAUUAUAUUCUAGUUAACUUUAACUAGAACAACUUAAACUCUAGCUAUCAGCUUUUCCCAUGUUACCUGAAUGCAGCACCAAAUGUAUGGAAGUACAUUAUGAGCAGCCAGCUUGGGAAAAUCAAAGGAAUCAAUAACAAAGCGCCACAGUAGUACAUUAUUGUGAACUGCUUGUUGUUGUGACAUGUCAGCGCUCACCUCGGUAGGUUCCCAUCAUACGACUCAGAACCUCACAUUCCUGUUGGAGCUGAACUGUGUGAACACCUGUCACUGUAAAUCAGAGGGGAACUUUGGGCCUAACAAAGAAUUUUCUUGUUUUCUUAUUUUAUCUGAACACGCAGAAUAAGCAGCAGUACAGCACUCAUUUUGAUCAGCAUGAACAUGAUGGUGGGUUCUGCACCAAACGAGCAGGUUUCCUCCCAUUUGGAGAAUAUGAUCUGUUGGCCAGGACGUCCCUGUGUGAUGUGUGCUCUCACAUCAUGUUUUUCCUUUUGAUUUACUGCUCAGCCCCAAAUCUGAAGCCCAUUUUUCCUUAUUAAACAGUAAAACAAAACUGUCCACCUUCUGAAUCGAAGUUUCUCUCUUUUAGAGAUCUGAACUCUAACUUUAUUGCAUUAAUGUUAUCAUUAUUAUUAUUAACUUGUCCCCAAACACGCUUCAUGCCAACCAGCAGCGGAGUCAGCCAGUUGCUGAUUAACUUGUAUAUUCGUUUGUGCGUAUGCUUCAAUAAAACUCCACUAAGAGCGUCUGAAACUUUAGCCAAGCUGAACUCCAGCGACUUGUUGAGGCUGCAAUAUUCAAAUGCGGUGGGCUGCUCUGCACCCCAAAACACACGUGCACGUGAAACUGGAGAGACAUCAGUCCAGGGGAUUUUGCUGUGAAGCACUGAGUCCAGAUGCAUCCCUGGCCAAAGACAGAGUCUGAACUGUGGCUGGGAAAAACAGCCUCAGACUAAACACCUCUUAAAGCAGACAGAGGAGAGAGGGGGGGAGGGGGAGGAAAAUCCAUGUAAAUCCUGCUAGUCCUGGAAAUGUGAUACAAGGAAAAUAAAGCGGGCACAGCUGACUGGACUGGUAAAGCACAGCCUCCUUCUCCAUCGAAUUCCCUGCAUUCCACUUGAGAGGUAAUUAAAAUCAGGAGACUGAGAAGUACAGCCGGGGGACUGGACAGACAGGUGAUUCGCUGUGUUGUUGAUUACAAGGACCUCUUAAGGUGUACGGAUUUCCUCUCCUCCUUUGCUGUUCUCUUUGGAGAGAAGAGGUGAUGGGGUGUUCUGAAGUGACUGGACCUUCCAUGAAAGUGGUGGAGUUGGAGGUGGUGGUGGGGUUGUACAGCCCAUAAACUCUAUGUUAUUUAGUCGGGGACAAAGUGGCCUGAGCGUGAAGUCUGAAGGGUUGAAGGACAAAAAGUCACUGGCACCUUCUGCGGUGGCAGGGGAACAUGAGAGUGGCGGAAGCUUGAAAACAACAUGGCAGCGCUCCUCCGAUCAGAAGCGGACAUGCCCGGCAUUCCUGUGGGUGAUUAUUACCCAGAAAUCCACAGAGUCAAUGAGUUGCCUCAGGUGCCGAUGCUGCCCGGUUUCAUGUACGGAAAUACUUUCCCGCAUUUUGAGUUUUCUCCUCAGACGGCCUCCUGCCUGUGCAGAGCAUCACGCCGUCUGGUAUUUCUCUGUCCUCUUUGAUGCAGCAGUUAUGUUGUGAAUUAAAUUAGUUCUAUAGGCCUGCCGGGCUCGCGAGCACAGAACCGACGUCCUUAUAUCUGAGGCAGGCUGAAGCACAUGUCGAGGUGAGGCUCUCGCUGUGUUGUCAGUGGACUCUCUCAUUUCCACAUCUUUUUAGAGCAGUCGCGUGAAGUUUCUGUCUGUCUGUCCUGGUGUUUAUGUCAUGCUGUGGAUGCAGCAGCAGGAUGUGACAGAUCCACGUUGCAUACAGUUUGUUUAUCAGUGUCGGUGACAUCCAGUCAGUCAAAACCUCAGCAGUCCCUGCCUUCAAGUCGCACAGUGGGGUGUACAGGUUUUAAAUGUUUGAAAAAGAGAGCUCUGGUUUCACUCUCUGAUUUGAUGCAAUCUGGUCGUUUUGUUAUCCCUUCACACCUUUGUGUGAAUUUAUGAAAACUAGCGUUUGUUUUGAAGGACCUCAAAGUGACAAGAACGCAAGAGUCCUUUUUUGUUCUCCUUUUUUGGAAUUCCUUUGAAUUCGGUGGUUUAUUGGUUGAAAUUCUCCAUUAAAGGAAAUGCUUCAGUUUAUAAUUCUGUUGACGCCUCAAACAGGCCAGAUAAUAUUGCCCUGUUAACAUCGACAGUGGGGUCGUAACGCAGCCCGAGUUUGGCUUUUUGCAGCUCGUGCAGUCACAGAAGUUUAAAGCUGGUAGAUAUUUCAAAUGGCAGAAAACUCCCCGUAUAAAACAUUCUUCCCAUAUGAACUGUGCCAGACUGAUCGCUGCCAGGGCAGCUUGAAUUUCAGCCGUUUCCAAUUGUCGUUCUUUCUCAUGGGCAAAACGCACAACACACACUCUCACAUGCGCUGCGCACGUUGUCAUUCACUCAGCCGCAGAAUCCUCUGCAGGCUUAGCUUGUGUUUUUGCAUACAUGCGGGGAAUUGCGCAUGAAGAACAGCUUGUGCUGUACAUGAAAAGGUUUAUUGUCACAUUAAAACACUCCGCCAUGUAAUUUAAUUACCUGCAUACCACAUAAUAAGGGUGCACUUUGUCAUGCUGGCCUCCAGGUUUCCUGCUGUGAUUCUCUUUUUCUUCCUUCAGGUCUCCUCCUCUUUCAUCACCGUGCUGUUUUAUGGGCUCGCACACUGACCCUCUGUGACUGACUACUGUAGUGUGACAGUGGCUGAUAACCUUUGUCACAUGCCGUCACCUGUCUGACUCGGCUGUGGGCGGGUUGGCACAGCGCAGGAAAGUUUCUGAGGACUGGUUUGUGGACCACACGGUCGACGCAAACAUCACCACAAUGAAUGAGAGGCAGGCGCUCCACUCCAUAAUGAAGGACCUGGUCGCCCUCCAGAUGACGCGGCGGCAGCCUGUGUUGUCGUAUGACAGCGGCAAACCCAAGACGCCGGCCCAGGCCAACAGACAGGAUGAUGUCAGGAUGAAGUUUGAGUUCUCGGGAGAGAGGAGGAUCCUGAUGUUUGGACGACCUGUGCAGUUCGAGGAAAUCCAGCAGAAAGUGAAGGCCGUCUUUGGCCAGCAGCUGGACCUGCAUUAUAUGAACAAUGAGUUGUCCAUCCCUCUGCGCGGUCAGGACGACCUGGACAAGGCGAUUGACCUGCUGGACCGAAGCUCCAACAUGAAGAGCAUCAGGAUCCUGUUGCUCACUGAGGAGCACAGCAAUGCCUCCUCUCCCUCCCACCACGUUCCGUGUAAGCAGGUGAGGAUCAAGUCCUCUCAGUCCACUGGAGACGUCAGCACGGCGUACCAAUCCUCCGAGCCCAGGGGGCGCCACCUCUCGACUGGUUCUCAGAACACGGGGCGUAGCUCGCCGCCUCCUGGCUACGUGCCCGAACGCCAGCAGAGGAUCGCCCGCCAAGGUUCCUACACCAGCAUAAACAGUGAGGGGGAGUUCAUCCCCGAGACGAGCGAUCAGUGUGUGCUGGAUCCCUGGAGCAGUGCAGAAAACUCUGUCUCUGGAAGCUGUCAGUCUCUGGACAGCAGCUCCGACAGUCCCUCACUGAGGAAGUCUCGUAUGCACAGAGCCAAGAGUUACCCUGAUAAUCGUCAGGAGUGCUCAGACAGGGAGAAUCAUGUGUAUGACAGGGUAGCAGGCAAAGGGGGCACCUAUCCUCGUAGGUACCACGUCUCCCUGCACCACAAGGACCACAGUGAAGGCCGUCGGACGUUUCCGCGGAUCCGUCGCCCUCAGGGGAACCUGUUCACUCUGGUGCCUUCACGCCGCUCGCUGAACGGCAGCGAGGAGAGUCUGGGCAGCUGGCAGCUGGUCGACUCACAGGGAAGGCUGCGUCCCCAAGAUCGCUCCGUUGUGCAUAAAUCACCCAGCGCUCCGAUCACCUGGCGGCGGGGGAAGCUCCUGGGCCAGGGAGCGUUUGGUCGUGUUUACCUGUGUUACGACGUGGAUACUGGGAGGGAGUUGGCUGCCAAACAAGUCCAGUUUGAUCCCGAGAGUCCAGAGACCAGCAAGGAGGUCAGUGCGUUGGAGUGCGAAAUCCAGCUGCUGAAAAAUCUGCAUCACGAGCGCAUUGUUCAGUACUACGGCUGUCUGAGGGACCACAACGAGAAGACCCUCACUAUUUUCAUGGAGUACAUGCCGGGGGGUUCCGUCAAAGACCAGCUGAAGGCCUAUGGAGCCCUGACAGAAAAUGUGACCCGGAAGUACACAAGACAGAUCCUGGAGGGCAUGUCCUACCUGCACAGCAACAUGAUCGUGCACAGGGACAUCAAAGGUGCCAACAUCCUGCGGGAUUCAGCGGGCAACGUGAAGCUCGGAGACUUCGGUGCCAGCAAGAGACUGCAGACCAUCUGCAUGUCUGGCACCGGCAUCCGUUCUGUGACCGGCACCCCCUACUGGAUGAGCCCGGAAGUGAUCAGUGGAGAAGGCUACGGCAGGAAGGCUGAUGUGUGGAGCCUUGGUUGUACGGUGGUGGAGAUGCUGACAGAAAAGCCUCCGUGGGCUGAAUAUGAGGCCAUGGCAGCCAUAUUCAAGAUCGCCACGCAGCCCACCAAUCCGCUGCUGCCCUCGCACAUCUCCGACCAGGCGCGGGACUUCAUGAGCUGCAUUUUUGUGGAGGCCAAACACAGGCCGAGCGCCGAGGAGCUGCUCAGACAUCCCUUCUCCCAGAUUCUGUGCUGAACCCUGCCCGGUUUCUGAACUUUAACCACAGAGUGGCACAGUAGCCUCAGCAGUAUCUGUAGCUUCCCCGUAACCCCUCCACGGCAGAAAUCUGGACACAGGACUGGUCUAGAAGUCAAUGUUAAAAACACUGAGUCUCUGCCGCCGCUCGGAAAUCUCCGCUCACACAAAUCCAAAUGACAUUUGGCAGCAGCAGCAGCCAACAAAGCCUUGAAAACCAAUGCCAGUACCUGCUCUGACUAGUCUUACCACCAGGGGGCAACAAAACACAGAUGAAGCCUCCGGUGGGCCACUGACUCUCCUCAGAUAACAAACACACACACAUGCACUCCAAAGUCAGCAGCAUUCAGGUCAUCAAGUAUCCUCUCUUGUGUUUACGUUCAUUUGCAGGGCAGUUGUGAGAAACCUAAGAAGCCUUUCAGUGUUUGACAUUUAAGCAUUUAGCUGAGCACCAGUUUAAAGCUACAGCAGGCCUAAAGCUCAUUUUGUCCCACGCAUGUUUAUCGCCUCUGCUGCACGACAGUGUGAACUGGACAGGAUUGUCUCCUCCCCCCCAUCCCUGCUUAAUCUCUAAACAAAGCAGAGUCCACCUGUGAACUAUAACUCUGCUGAAAGCUAUUCGUGAUGCACUUCUGACUGCACGCUCGUGUGGAUUAGGUGAGACGAAAUGGUGUCGCGCUGAGGUUUAAUGGGCUUGUUUUGGUUUCAGCCCUUCUUAAUUAGGACAUCGUUUUGACAUGCCUUAGUAACCUCACAGGUGGAGAUUAAGAAGAGACCAGUACACACAUUUCUCCACUGACGCCACCCUCCAUGACCAUGAUGCACAGCAGCUUCCUGCCUCAGUUUGUGCCUCUUAUAUAUUAUAUUUACAUUCAAGUCACAGUGGCAAACAUACGUCUUCUGUAAAUGACACGAUGAUGAUCUUUGAAGAACGCAGAAGGCAUUUUAACGACAGUCCCUGCUGCUGCGAAGGUUUUUCCAAAAUCAAAAAACUCAUCUGCACAACACAACACUUUUCAUCACGUUUCUCAGGUUGCAACUAAACAGCCAAUCAGUCAAUCAAAAGGAAAUUAGUUGCCAAAAAUUCUCAUAAUCCAUUAUUCAUCUGAGUCAUUUUUCAAGCCAGCGGGUUCCAGCUUCUGAAAUAUCAGGAUUUGUGCCUUUUGUUUGUCAUUGAUGACAGUGAAUGAAGAGUCUUUGGGUUUCGGAAACUGUGGUGAGCAGCGACUGAGUUCUUCUGGGUUUUGUAAAGGCUGCUGAGUAUCUCUUUUUUUAGACAAACCAGUGCUUUGCUCUGUGAAUGUAAUUAUAACACAGGAGAGGCACAAACUUGGAAUUUGCAUCUACAAUACCUGGUUUAAGUCAGAGAAAUGACUUUUAAUAUUUCCCCAGAGAGAAACAAGCUCUCUGCUCACUGUCGUUAUUUGUUGUUGUCCAGUUACUGGGGAAAUUAUCAGGAUCAGCGCAUUUCAGUCCAGUUCGAUGCGAAUGAUCUGCUCAUAUGAAGUUGCUGUUUAAGAGGAGCUGCGGGUGGAUUUUUUCCUUUUCCACUGGACCUUUUUGCCAUCCUCCUCUAGUGGCUCUUCAGAGUCACAGAUGUUCUCAGCCAGCAAAGUGCCAGAAAGGGGCUGAUAAAAUACUUUGCAAUGGACUUGUUAUGUGAAAGUAAAGCUGAUGAUGCUUUUCAUGGCUUGAAAAUACAAACUAAAGGCCUUCAUUUUAAUCUGAUUGUUCAUACGUGUCUGGCCCAAACAUCCCUGACUGAGAAGCCUUAGCUUAAAGUUCACUUUUCAAAUCGGAUGCACUUUUAUGUAAAAUGAAUGUUGUGGGGUUUUUGGGGGGUUUUUUUGGCUUUAACAAAUUUGAUUUUGUUUUUAACUUCAAAUGUGAAAAUUGCUUCAUUUCUAUUUAUAUCCCCACGUCCAUUCCAAUUAGAUUCUAUAAGCAAAUAUAUAUGUAUAAAUAUAUUUUUUAUAUUUAGACUGUGUCAGAUCUAAUGAUACUUUCAGGACGUUGUGUCGUUAAAAGUAAAUCAUUGAAAGCAGCUGGUUUUGCAGACGUUACAGAAUUGGGGUUUUUAAAUGAAAAAUGGGUGGAAAGCGAACUCUGGCUGCCUGCUUCUUGUUCCAGCUCAAAAAAAAAGAAAGAAUAAACCUUCCACACAUCCUUGGCUAUACGUUUAGAUGACA